GCCAUUCUUCCUUAUCCUCGACGACCAUCAACUCUGAAUUUGUCAUCUGUCGCAAUUACUGCAGUGGGAAGUAUGGAGGAAAUCAACACAGUCCCCGAUGAUGAUCAAAAGAGAAAUCUCACUAGAGAGCCGAUGACUAGACGAAGCUGGUACAAGCAUUUGGAUUGGUGGGGAAUCACCUUUACAAUGAUCGUUCCUCUCUACGGCUUGUACCAGUUCUGGAAGACGCCUCUGCACCCGAAGACAUUCAUUUUUGCGGUAGUAUUCGGCCAUAUUUCGGGAUUUAGCAUUACUGCGGGUUAUCAUCGACUCUGGGCCCAUGCAUCCUACCGUGCUACCACACCACUGAAAGUUUUCCUCGCUAUUUCAGGAGGCAGUGCCGGCCAGGGCCCGAUAGAAUGGUGGGUGCGCAGUCACCGUACGCAUCACCGAUACACCGACACAGCCAAGGAUCCAUACUCUGCCCACAAAGGACUUCUAUAUUCCCACAUGGGAUGGAUCCUGCUCAGGAGGGAUGCCAGGAUCUACCACGGAAUAGACAUGUCUGAUAUCAACGAUGACUUUGUGGUCCGGUGGCAACGUCGCUACUAUGGCGGCAUCUUGCUGGCCAUGGUGUUCUUUUUCCCAGCCGCAGUCUGUGGCCUCGGCUGGGGCGAUUGGAAAGGCGGCUUUGUCAAUGCCGGUAUCAUCCGAAUGUUUGCAGUUCAACAGGCUACAUUCUGCGUGAACUCGCUAGCCCACUGGAUGGGGGAGCAACCAUUUAAUGAUAGAAACUCUCCCCGCGAUCACCUGGUCACGGCUAUCAUUACACUUGGGGAGGGAUACCACAAUUACCACCAUGAGUUUCCUACGGACUACCGCAACGGAGCGGGCCGGUGGCAGUGGGAUCCAACUAAGUGGGUGAUCUGGCUGUGGGAGCAGAUGGGUCUUGCUUACGACCUGAAACGUUUCUCUACACAUGAUGUUGACAAGUGCCGUCUGCGACAGACGCAAAAGAACCAGAAAGUCUCAUGGAAGGACUACUUAGUGCAAGCGAGAGACGGCAGGCGCGCACUGAUUGCUAUUGAUGGAGUGGUCCAUGAUGUAUCGAGCUUUAUACCAGAGCACCCUGGAGGCAGUAUGUUACUCAAGGAUGCCAUCGGAAAAGAUGCCUCUGAGAUGUUCAUGGGAGGAGUGCACCUGCAUUCUAAAAUGGCGCAUAUGAAGCUUGCUGCCUUGAGAGUAGCCGUCAUUCGUGAAGCAUAA